AUGUUGUCCAUGCAACACUCUCCAUCAUUCGCCCUCCCUCCGUCCUCCGAUCUCGAAAGUAACCCUUCCCAUGGCUACCUGUCGCACCCCCAGCCCGCCGACUGCCGCUCGAGUAUAGCCGAACCGCUCGCCUUCCCAGACUUCUCCAUGGACGAUUCACUCUCCCAUCGUGACAGCGUGAGCACUGACAACACCUCCAACGACUCGCCCGAAUCCUGGGACGGCGACGACCCCUCGGACAGUUCUCCACCGGGCGGCGGCGGCGUCAAGGUCCCAACAACCAUGAUCGGCCCAUCCACCGUCUUCCAGUUCAAUGUCCUUGCGUCGCCAGAGCCGGACGUAGUCCCGAAAGUAGAGGAGCUGGAUGACAAUGACGAACUGCCGGGGUUGAAACCAUUAGGGGUGGAGACGCCAGGGCUGUCUGUGUCAGGACCGCCUCAGUCUGGUACAGGUCCCGCGGCUGCUCCCGUCACUGUUCCACGGAAACGUGGCCGCCCGCGCAAACACCCUCUGCCCGUGCCCGGCGGCCACGUCAAGAUCACCAAGGGCCGCUCCAAAACCGGCUGUAUCACUUGUAGACGCCGCAAGAAGAAAUGCGACGAGACAAAGCCUGCCUGCCAGAACUGCCAGAAGAAUGCUGUUGUCUGCGAAGGGUAUCCCCCCAAGGAAAUAUGGAAGAGCGGCAAGCAAAAGAUGGAAGAUGCCCGAACCCAGACGCCAGUGGUAUAUCGCUCGCUCCCUAUCCUCAUUGACGGCAUCGAAACAGAGAUGGACCGCAAGUUGCUCGACCACUUCGUCUACGGGUUCAGCCGUGUCUUGACCCUCAUCAAUGACGACUCGAACCCCUUUAAAGAAAUUCUUCUGCCGAUGGCGACCCAACAUCGAGGCUUGAUGCAUUCAUUGAUGUGUCUGUCGGGGUCGCAUUUGUCCGGGCUAAAUCCAGAGCCAGGAGUGAAGGAGCGCAAAUACUACCACUUCCACCGAGCGAUCCGAGACCUAAAGGCGAAUAUCACUGCGAGAACGAACAUGACCGAGCAGGAGCCCGAGUUACUAUCGGAGGACCCAAUCAUCGCCUCAACGAUAGCGCUUAGUCUGAACACCAUUUGUGAAGGAGAAACGAAUGGCGAGUACCGCCCACACAUGGAUGCAGCUCGCUAUCUGCUCGUGACCCAGGAACCACGGAACGAGAACUUCCGCCAGUUCAUCGUCGAGUUCUUCCAAUACCACGAUGUAUCCAACUCAAUCACAUCGCUCGAUCGCCGACCCGCCCAUCUGGAUGGAGAGUUGCGGCUACCCGACUUUGUACCGCACGCGCAGGCCGGGAUGUUCUUGGGUGUGUUCGAUGGUCUAUUCCGCUACAUUUCACAGGUGACCGGACUGCGCGACCGAAUCCGUCAGCGCUUCAGCGAAGGUUACGAGCCAGCAGUCGACUACCAGAUCCUCAGCGACGCGGUAAUGAUCGACACAUCAAUUCGGACAUGGGAGACCUCUCACCCACCAAACACCCCCAACUACUACCUCGCCCAGCUCUACCGCCAAUCAACCUGGGUCUACCUAUACCGCACGAUCCGCCCAUCUCGGCCAAGCGACAAGAUUGCGCAGGUUGUCGACGACGGGCUAGAAUUCCUAGACCUCCUCCCUCAAGACGCAGGCGCCUUCAGUAUCGUCCUCAUGCCUCUUUUCCUGCUUGGCUGCUCCGCCUUCGUACCCCGGCAGCGCGAGAAAAUCCGAAAGGGCUUCGAUGCGCUCAAGGCCUAUUCGAACCUCCGCAACAUAGAGCCCGCAUUCACCGUUGUCCAGCGCGUCUGGGAGGUCAUGGAUACGAAGACUGAGGAUAGCUGGGACUGGGAGAGGAUCAUCAAGGAGAUGAACAUGGACUUCCUCAUCACCUAG